AAACAGUUAAAAUCUACAAAUGGUCAUGGAUAGGAAACCAGCAGUUGAGAAAUGCUGCUCUGUUCUGCUAGAAGACCCAAAGGAGAACUGUGACUCCAGCCAGGAUUCCUUCAGCCUCCCAGAAGGCCUUAGCAGCUGUGAAGAGUUUGGUCAUGUCAAGGGCAAGACCCCAGCCCCCAAUGUGCUGCCUCCAGGGUCAAAGUACCAUGUGGUCACCUACCCAGGGCAAAGCCCCCUCGUCAGGGCCGUGGCCGUAGGGGAGGACAGGAACGCGGCCUGGAGGAAAGACAUGGAGGACACCAGUGUGAUCAUCGACAGCUAUGGGGGCAAAGAAGGGACAAGUUUCUUUGGGGUGUUCGACGGUUUCCAUGGACGGAGCUCGGCCGAGUGUGCGGCGAGAGAGCUCUCAGUCCUGGUGCUGGAACAGCUGGUCAAACUCGACCCCUCAUUCUCCUUGGCCAGCGAACAGAGGGACUUCCUUUCCCAGAUGGAACCCCUGUUUGAAAGGACGGCCUCCACCUCCACAGACGCGAGGACCGUGUCCGAAGACCAGCAGAUGACCCAAGCGUUCACCACCGCGUUUGCACACAUGGACCGGCUGCUCGGACUGGGCCGCAACGAGACCUCCAAGAUCCGCUGGAGCGGCUGCACCUCCGUUGUCUGUAUAGUUGAUCAGGAGACCGCCCCUGAGGAGGACCCCAACACCCUACAUGGAAGGAUGCUCAUCGCUAACUGUGGCAACAUCCAUGCUGUUGUGUACAAAAAUGGGAAGAGCUUCUGCAUGACCGAGGACUACAGCCUGGCAAACCCCAGGGAGUGCAAGCGCAUCCUGAAGGAAGGCGGCACCAUCAGCUCCAACAAGCAGCAUGGGCUGGUGGAGGGCCUGCUCCGCGCCACACGCGGCCUGGGCAACUAUGGCAACCGUCGGCUCAGGAAGGUGGUGCCCCCAAAGCCCUACUUCCUGCCCCUGAGCCUGGACGCUUCCGUUGGCCUGCUGGUGCUGGGCUCCAGCGGCCUCUGGGACGGAGUACAGCCGGAAGAGAUCGCCCCCAUCGUGCGGCGGUGCAUCCACGACUGUCGGAAGUACCACAGGAGUGCCAGCGCUGCCAAGGAGCACCACGAAGGUCUGGACAGUUCCAAGCUCCGAGAGACUACUGAGGAGCCUGACGACCAAGGGGGGUGCAACGAGGGGCCAUCAUGUGGAGUUAGACUGGGGGAGCAACAGGGGGAAGCACCCAAGAGCCAGCCCAAGGACCCAUCUGAUAAGGAGGAUGCAGGCAGGGACGCUGGUGUGGAGGUGAACUACGAGUGGCUGGCAGCCAGCAUAUGCAGAAAGCUGAUGAAAGGAGCGGUGGCCGGAGGGUCCAGGGAGAACAUCUCAGUCAUAGUCAUCCUCCUCCGUGGGCUGGACGUGCUGGGUGUCCAAUCAGAAAACGGGGUCUGAUCACCAUCACCCAAUCAGAUCCACUCUAAUGUACCUCUGGCUUCUUGGCCAAAAUAAACGUCUGCAAUCUUGUGGGUUAAG